GGCGGCGGCCCGGGCGCGCGCGCCGCCCUCCGCCCUCCGCCAUGUACACCUUCGUGGUGCGCGACGAGCACAGCAGCGUGUACGCCGAGGUGGCGCGGCGGCUGCUCGCCAGCGGCCACUGGAAGCGGCUGCGCCGGGACAACCCGCGCUUCAACCUCAUGCUGGGCGAGCGCAACCGGCUGCCGUUCGGGAGGCUCGGUCACGAGCCGGGCCUGGUGCAGCUGGUCAACUACUACCGCGGGGCUGACAAGCUGUGCCGCAAGGCGUCUUUAGUCAAUUUCAUGAACUGGCUAAUCAAGACAAGCCCAGAGCUAGCCGAGUCAUGCACGUGGUUCCCCGAGUCCUACGUGAUUUAUCCAACCAACGCCAAGACCCCGGUUGCUUCAGCACAGAAUGGAAUGCAGCCACCCAUCAGUAACACGAGGACGGACGAGAGAGAGUUCUUCCUGGCGUCCUAUAACAGGAAGAAAGAGGACGGAGAAGGCAGUGUUUGGAUUGCAAAGUCAUCAGCUGGUGCCAAAGGUGAAGGCAUCCUCAUCUCCUCAGAGGCCUCGGAGCUCCUGGAUUUCAUAGACAACCAGGGCCAGGUGCACGUGAUCCAGAAGUACCUGGAGCGCCCUCUGCUCCUCGAGCCGGGUCACCGCAAGUUUGACAUUCGAAGCUGGGUGUUGUUGGACCAUCAGUAUAACAUCUACCUCUACAGAGAGGGCGUGCUUCGGACUGCUUCAGAACCCUAUCAUGUUGAUAAUUUCCAAGACAAGACCUGCCACUUGACCAAUCACUGCAUUCAGAAAGAGUACUCAAAGAACUAUGGGAAGUAUGAAGAAGGGAAUGAAAUGUUCUUCGAAGAGUUCAAUCAGUACCUCACAAGUGCUUUGAACAUCACCUUGGAAAAUAGUAUCUUGCUACAAAUCAAACAUAUCAUAAGGAGCUGCCUCCUGAGCGUGGAGCCCGCCAUCAGCACCCGCCACCUCCCCUACCAGAGUUUCCAGCUCUUUGGCUUCGACUUCAUGGUAGAUGAAGAGCUGAAGGUUUGGCUCAUUGAGGUCAAUGGCGCCCCCGCGUGUGCUCAGAAGCUGUACGCGGAGCUGUGCCAGGGCAUCGUGGACAUCGCCAUCGCGGGCGUCUUCCCGGCCCCGGACGCCGAGCCGCCGCCGCCGCCGCCGGCCGCCUUCGUCAAGCUGUGACGGGCGCGCGGGGCCCCGCUCCCCAGGACCGAGGGGCACCCCGAGCGCACCGGGAGG